CCUAUUUCAAUCAUAUCCAUUUUUGCAUUUCAAUGGAAAAAAUAUCAGUUAAUUAUACUUAAUUAUAAAAUGUUAUAUUCAAUGCAACUUUUCUACGCCAUUUUGAACUUUCGGUGAUUUUUAAGCUUCUAAAUACAUGCACCUGGCGUCUCGUUUGUAAUUUUAUUUAAGACACGCCAGCUCUUUUCAUAGCUUUUAUACCUCUGAAGUAAUUAAAGCUAGCGAACUUCACUCAACUACGUACAAAAACAAAGCAAAAUUGAGUCACACCUGAUUGAAAAGAAUAAGAAAGCUUGCACAAACUACCAUGUGCAAACAAAGUUCAUUUGCUGUACGCCCCCAGCCUCCGAACCUUCAGCCAAUCUUGAGCUCAAAUCUCACAAAAAUCAGAAUCCAAAAAAUCUCUACUCAAAACUAGUAACUCAGUUUUUUUAAUAAAAACAACCUCAAAUCAAACAAUCAUGGACGAUUCAUGGCAUCAUGGUGAGCAGUUUGCUUGGCCCAAACAAUUCCCACUUUCUAUCAAAGGCGAGCGUCAGUCACCGAUCGACAUCAGAGAGAAGGACGCGGAGAAAACCCUGUUGCCGCACUUCAACCUCCGAUGCAUCGAGGGAGAUCCAACGGCAGACUGGACCAUGACUAACAACGGACACACUCUGAGUCUCUCUCCUGCCGCCGGAUGCAAGUGGCAACUGGCUGGAAGUCUCCUCAAGGGAAAGUACAUCCUGGAUCACUUCCACAGCCACUGGGGUGAGAGCGGGGAGUACGGAUGCGAGCACAUGAUUGACGGUGAAAAAUACGCUGGCGAGACUCACUUCGUCUUCAAGUGGGCUCCUGGUCAGGACAAAACUGUCGAAGACCAAGCAGCCGUGUGGGGAAUCAUGAUGGAGGAGACCAACAAAAGCGAACCGGUAGCUCAGAAAACCUUCGACGACCUGAUAGGAAAGCACAUUCACAAAGUCAUUAAGCCUGGGUCCACAAAAAUACCAGCGGUCAACUUUGCAUCUCUGGUUCCGCACGGUUCUUCGGAGUACUUCGCCUACCAGGGAUCCCUCACUACUCCUCCCUUUGCUGAAGUGGUCCUCCACAUUGUCUUCAGAGACCCCAUAGAGGUUUCCAAGAAGUACAUGGACCAACUGAGAAGCCUAGGAGACUUGAGGGGCGGGAAAACAGAGGCCAACUACCGGGCAAUUCAACCACUCAAGGGCAGAAAGAUUUUCUGGUCUUGCUAAAAUAACUACAACUGAUAUGAGCUGCGAUACAGCGUAGCUGGAAAACUGUUUGGUUAAACUGAUUUCAUUGAGAUUAAUAUUCUUUCCCAAUAUAUAUUGUUAUAUUCGCUAAAUUAUACGCUGCUAUAAAAAUUUGUUAAGCUUUAUUUGUAUGUUUCUCACAGAUUUUAAUUUCGUAAACACUC